UCUACUUCCUCUCAGUUCCUCAGACUGUAUCGUCCAGCUUUCUCUUCGUUUUGUUAACAAAAUUCCCAAUUCAAAACCCUUAAUGGAUCCUCUUCAAAUUAAUCAUGGCGUAGAACAAAACGGCGGAGAAGAACCCACUAAAUCCGACGAUCCCGAUCCUCCACCGGCUUCCACCACCUCCAUCGCCGCCACCGCAGCAGCAAUUGAGCUUCCGGAGGCAGAACAAACCCAAAACGAGACGGACACGUCACAAAACGGCGACUCAAUCAAACAACAAGACCCGUUUAUAUCCGAAUCAGACCCGACAACCUCAAACGACACAGAGAAACCCACACCAAAACGACAGCUAGACGAAUACGACGACGACGACGAAGAAUUCGACGACGACCCACCUCCUAAGAAACAAAAACACCUCUCAACCCUAACCCCACCAACUCCAACCGACAAUGUACCUAACGACGCAACAAAAACUUCAACAACCGCCGCAUUACCGGCGACAUUACUACCACCUCCGCCUCCGCCACAAGCACCUCCGCCGAAGAAGAAAUCAAAGAAAAAGAACAACAACAACGUCUGGGUGACAAAAUCCACACGCAAAGGUAAGAAAAAAACUAAACCAAAUCCCCAAAACACCCCUACACAGGACAAUGUGUUAAUUACGCCAGUACCUAGAUUACAAGACAAAACUGAUGACACCCCUGAUUCAAAUAUUUGCCUAUCUAAAGUUUAUAAAGCUGAGAAAGUUGAGUUAAGUGAGGAUAGAUUGAGUGCUGGUAGUGCCAAAGGGUAUAGAAUGGUGAGAGCUACGAGGGGGGUUUGUGAAGGGGCUUGGUAUUUUGAGAUUAAGGUUGUGAAGUUGGGAGAGACGGGGCAUACGCGGCUCGGGUGGUCGACCGAGAAGGGGGAUUUGCAGGCUCCUGUUGGGUAUGAUGGGAAUAGUUUUGGGUAUAGGGAUAUUGAUGGGAGUAAAGUUCAUAAGGCUUUGAGAGAGAAGUAUGGCGAGGAAGGGUAUAAAGAAGGGGAUGUUAUUGGGUUUUAUAUUAACUUGCCUGAUGGUUUGGCUUAUGUUCCUAAGCCGCCGCAGUUGGUUUGGUAUAAAGGUCAGCGAUAUGUUUGUGCUCCUGAUUCUAAAGAAGAUCCUCCCAAGAUUGUACCAGGAAGUGAGAUAUCAUUUUUCAAAAAUGGGGUAUGUCAAGACGUUGCUUAUAAGGAUUUAUAUGGUGGUCGUUAUUAUCCAGCUGCUUCAAUGUACACCCUUCCAAAUCAGCCUAACUGCACAGUCAAGUUUAACUUCGGCCCCAACUUUGAAUUCUUUCCUGAGGAUUUUGGUGGGCGUCCAAUUCCUAGACCGAUGUUUGAAGUUCCUUAUCAUGGGUGCGACAAUCGUGUUGAAAAUGGUGUGUCCAGUGAGAACAAACAUUAGACAGUUUACCGUCUUUUGGGGUCCAGAUCUUAUUCCAAGUUAAGAUCUAUUUGUAAUUUUAAUUAAAGUUAGGACUGACAGAUAAAUUAAUUUGAUUUGUAUACCGAACUUCCAUGGCAAGAAAAAAAAGUUGAUUCUUUUAAUUGAAAUGUAAUGCUGUUGCAUGAGUCUCUAUUCUAACUUGCGUGCUAGAUGUUUCGGAGAUUAUGCCAUUUUUUCAAUUCUUAUUAUCAGGUGAAUAUGCUGUCGUCUCUCCUCAGAAAUUUGGAAAUGAGGUUUGCCUUCGUUUUGUUUUAUUUUUAUUUCCUAGUUUCAUGAAGAAAAAGACAUUGAUGACUGCUUUUCCCAUUCAUGAAGUUCAAUGUGCAUGAUUUUAAUUAUUUCUCCCUUUUGAGAAGGAAUAUGAUGGUUUCCCUUUAUCUUUAAUCUGAUGAAACUUCUUUCUGUUAAUAGGAAAUGAAUGACCACCGUCCUGAAACUGUAUGGAGAAGAGUCAGGUGAAACCAUCUAGAAGUUGAGGGAAACAGUCAGGUUUGGUCUUUCUCAUAUGAGAGUGAGGUUUCAACUUAUUUCAGCAGAAGCUGUAUUUUUCCCUUUUUUUUCUUUUCGAACUACUUUUUUCAGGAGUAAGCUAAAAGAAAACAUGAAAAUUAUAAGAAUAUAGAUUGCUUUAUUAUGAGUGAAGUGCAACUAUACGAGAGAGAAAGAGAGAGAUUGAGAGAGGAAGGGGAAAAACUCAAACUCACUCAAAACACUUGAACAUACCACUAUUGGAAACUUCUGUAGCUAGCUACGCUACUAGAGAAUGAUGUGUAUUUAAAUGUAGUUUAGAAGUACCAAAAAAAAACUAUGUAACUGCUGUGGUCAUAAGAUACAUGAUGCACAGAUCAAUCUUUGUUAGAAAGUGGCGAAUAUCUAACUGUGUUAUGCUUCAUUUGGGUGCUGCUGCUAAUUAAUUGGAGAAUUGAGACCCUCUUGAGAAGACAAAGGGUGGGGAGUUUGAUGCCUCAUGGAAGGGAAUGGUGAAUUUUUUCUGAAAGAUGGCCUCUUCUUCAUAUGUUGUAUAGUUCUCUUUGCAUAAAUUUUAUGAAACACUGGCAAAGUACUCUCCUUGAACUUGAGAAUUGCAUAGAAUAAAAGUCUGAAACAUAUGAGAAGAAUCACAACAGCAGCUAAGUCCCACCAUUUUGAAUGAUUUAGAUUGACGCCAAGCAUGUUUAUAAGAACAUCUUCGCCUUUCAGUUUUGGGCCGCCUGGCUCCAGAGGAUCAAACUCCACCCCGAUCAAGUCGUUUUUGACUUUUGGUAAGGACUGAGAAUGAACACCGCCCAGCUGGUUUGUUCUGGAUGGUUUCAGGAAUCAGGUUUUUUUAUUUGCCAAUGUUGUAAAGUUACAUGUUUAAGCUACUGAACUGAUUUGUAGGGUAAAAUUAUAACUUAAAAGUAUUAGGCACACAUGACUUGUUAGUUGUUGUAGAACUCCUAUCUUUACUUAUGAUUUUGUACAUUAUGCCUUUUGGUCUCUAAAGCUCAAAAAAGGUUGGAUUUUAAA